AUCUAAAUACCAUUAGUACAGUUCCUAGUAUUAAAAUGAGUUCUGCAUUUGACUACUGUACAAUAUGUAAACAAUGAUUCGGUUAUAUCUGCUAAAACUGGGCAAUUUUUCGAGCCAAAAUUAAUAGCUCAAAUAGACAUGGGUUUAUGAAUUUACAUUCUAAACAAGAAAAUAAGAGAAGGUUAUGUAGUAGGGCAUGCAAAUUGCAAGAUGACGUGUUGCACAUGACAGUGUGUUUCUUAGGGAUGCAGGGCGUAUGAGCACUUCAUGAGCACUUCUCCAGUAACAGGAGCAGGAAUGGCUUGGCAGAACAGUCAAAAUCACUUACUGUUUCUCUUUGAAUAUACAACAGUCAAAUAUGUGGACACGCACAAUAGGAAAAUCGGACUUCUGUACAGAAUAUUUCAACUCACCAUCAUGGGAUAUCUCAUUGGAUGGGUAUUUUUGAAAAACAAAGGAUACCAGGUAAAAGAUGAUACUAUUGAGAGUUCUGUGGUGACUAAAGUUAAAGGAGUUGCACGUGUCAACACAACAGAUUCAAAUUUGUGGGGACCAGAGGACUAUGUUUUCCCCAACCAGGGAGAGAACUUUCUCUCUAUAAUAACCAAUUUCAUCGAGACAAAAAAACAAACAUUAGGCAACUGUUCAGAGAACCCAGAUGUACCGAAUAACACGUGCUCUAAGAAUGAAGAAUGCACAGCAGGAGAGGCAGUUAGGGCUGGAAACGGAAUUAAAACUGGCGUUUGUUUGAUACACAACCGCACUUGUGAAAUAUAUGGCUGGUGUCCCACUGAAAGACACAGGGAUCCAGACCCCACCAACAUUGUGAGAGAAGCUGAAAACUUCACUUUGUACAUAAGAAACUUCAUCAGAUUUUCCCAGUUCAACUUCUCAGCGUCAAAUGUUCCAAAGGAAAACAGAAAAUUGCUUUUCAAACACUGCACGUAUGAUGAAACUCUUCAACCGUACUGUCCUAUAUUUCGCCUGGGAGAUAUCGUGAACAAAACUGGACAUAAGUUUGAAGAACUGGCUUUAAGGGGUGUUUCCAUUGGGGUUCUGAUUGAGUGGCUCUGUGACCUUGAUAAAGACUCAGAAUGUCGUCCUCGCUACAGCUUUGUAUGUCUGGACAAAGUUUCAUUUGACUUCAGAUUUGCUCGCUAUUCCACUGAUGCUGCAGGACAGAGGCAAAGAACAUUUUACAAAGCUUUUGGAAUUCAUUUGGACAUCAUGGUGUUUGGAGUGGUACGUGACUCAAACGCUGAAGUCAUGAAUGCACAAGUGAUAAAUUGCAUGCUUUUAAUACAUGUAUAUAUGAGUCUUUUCCAGGCAAGAAGAUUUAAUAUUAUUCCUACCAUUGUCAACAUAGCCUCUGCUCUGACUUUAAUGGCUGCUGGUUCUUACAUCUGUGACAUUAUGCUACUGUACGCGAUGAAGAAGAGGAGUGUUUACACAGAGUCGAAGCUUGACAGAGUGACAAUGAAUGACAAAGAAAUUCCAUUACAAAUAAUGCCAGAGGGUCUGAGGAGAAAAUUCAGUUUAUGAAAAUUACAAUUAUAGUAAUGAGAAAAGUGGCUUACACAUAAAAAAAAAACAAGUGAAUAAAAUCUCACUGUAUAGCUUAUUCACUUUUAGGCAUUAUAAGCUGGAGUUUAGUAAAUGUGAUUUGCAUAAUAUAUAGUAUAUAAAUAGAAUCCCAUAUUCAGAUUUAUGUUUGUGUUGGACUUCCUGAUGUUGUGUCUAAAAGACCUGUGGAAAUGUAAAGCAUAUUUGGUAUCAAUCAGCGGGAAACUGUAAAUGGUUUUUCAUCCCCUCUGUGGAAAUAUGGU